AUGGCUAAGUGCUGUGCAGAAAGUGGUAGAGUGCGGAAGUCUACGCCACCAUACACACUUAAAAGCAAAGUUAUGAAUAGUUGGCUUGUAGAAUGUGCUUGCUGUGUACUCAAAGACGCCGGCCGGCAAGAGUCUCUGAUGUCAAAUAAUAAGGGUUUUGGCUGUCAUUUGUAUGUUCAAGGUACAAAGGAAAUCUGUACAGAGUUGACGCUCGUUCAAUGCAAUGUCGGGUUCUUAGCCACUCCUACCCCGAGAAUGCGUAUCAAUUGGGCAGAUUAA